AGUUCUUCCUUUUCAAUCAUUUACUUUCUCCCUUCGCUCUUCAGUGCUUCAGAGUUUCACAAAGAAGAAUCAUGGUGUGGGGACUCUUCCCCGUUGAUCCUCUUUCAGGUGAAGAUAAGUACUAUAUUUUCAAAACUGGAAUUUACAGAGUUGGUCGAAAAGGUUGUGACGUGAUAAUCACUAAAGAUAAAGGUGUUUCUCGGGUUCAUGCAGAAAUAGUUGUUAAUACAAUGAACCUGGUAAAUCCUUUAUCAAAUGAAUGUUCUCAUUUCUCACGCAACAUACAUAUUAGAGAUUGCUCCAAGUAUGGGACAUUUAUUAGCAAAAAUGUUGGGCCGAGGAAAAAAGUUCAUGAGCUACCAAACAAACAAACACCACUAGAGGAUGGUGACUUUGUCUCUUUUGGCACUGGUAGCGCUACCUACAAGUUUUGCCACGUACCCCUUGUUUUUUUCAUCUGUUCCUCAAAAUAAAGGGGAAUCAAUCCUUCAAGAGAAAAUUUCAUCAAUUGGUCAGUGCUGGAAAGAAUAUGUGAAGGUUCUUCAGUUCUUAUAAUUCAUUGAAUGCUUGCUGUGUUAAUUGCAUUGAAAUUAUGUUGUUACUUGCACAUGAUAUUGUAUUUACUUCAAAAACUAUUAAAGAAGCAA